CGCCGAGUUACCUUUGCUUUGAUCUACUCUCUGCAUUAUAUCUCGACCACGAGAAUAGCUUCGACGCCAAUAUCCUGCUCCUGGGUCGCUGAGCUCAUAUGUGCGAACAUGUCAGUCGACCGACUGCUCACGACAACCCUGCGGGCGUAUCAAGAACCGCAAGUCUCUCCGCAGACAGACCGACUCUACUCGACGACCGUGACCCUGCUCACCAACCUCAAUAACCCUCUCAACGUCUCGCUCCUCACCUCACACCUGCUUACUGCGCGCGCAAUAUGGGAAUCCCCUGAUACUCUGCGGACCUGUCUGCGUAUCAUUAGCAUUUUCAACACGGCCGCCAUCCACGUCCUGCGCAAUGAGCUCGACAAUGCGAAGUUGUCAUGGGGACAAACACCAGUGGGCAGCGGGGUUGGGCGCGACAAGUGGGCGCGCGCAGUAGCCAAGGGAGCAGAUGAGCGGUCACCAAGGUGGAAACAUCUUCUUGCGCUCACGGGCAUAUUAAUGGGCAUGGAAAACAAAGACCUGGAGGAGAGGACCUCAAUGUCUUGGGGGCUGCGAUCGACGGUCGAGCGGGCCGUGGUCACGGCUGCGAACCUUGCCUUGGAGAAUCCGUCGCAGGCACAGGAAACCGGGUCGAACGCCGUUGUCCUCGCGCUGUCGUAUGCAUUCCCAAUAUUGUCCGCCUCCGCGAAGCGGUCUAUUAAUGGCAACCUGAUCUUGCCUGCCGUCAUGGCGGCCAUGACAGGCGCCGAAGGCUUUCAACUCAUCGAGGGAGACUUUCUGACCACGAUAUCUGCUGGCAAUGUUGCGGGCCACGAGGCGUUCUAUCACGACUCUCCGGCUUCCUUCGUGCAGGUCCAACGGCUCGAGUCGCGACCCUUGGUGCAGAACAUGGGUCCGGUGUCUAGACUCGCUGUCUUCGCAGUGCAGCACGCAGCCGAUUCCAUGGUCGUACUCCAAGCCCAGGACACCUUAUUGGCCUUGUCUGCCAAUCUCUUGGAAAGAUGGCGGUUAUCGCCCUUUUCAUCCAUCGACAUGUCCACGGAAGCCGUCAUUAUGUCUCCCGAAAUGUUGCAAGGGCCCUGGGCGAUGCUGUGGCAGCUGCUUAAAAAGAUCAUGUACACCGUUGUCGCGACAGCUCAGCCCAUAGUCGGCCGAUGUCUGGUGGAUUCUCGUCUCAGAUCUGACGUGUGGUCCCCUGUGAUAGCCACGAAGACCCUCGAUGUUCUGCGAAAUCUGUACUUCAUCUCGUCUCGCCAGGGCGCAGAAACUCUUCAAGUAUACACAUUCACCUAUUUAACCUCGAUCGAUAUACUGGCUCGCUACCCCGAAGUCUGCAUAUCCUUCCUACAGAAGACCCAACCGCCACCUCAGGCAGCGAAUUCACUCCCACCAACACCAUUCGACCAGGCGCUUACGCUCUUCUACCUCAACACGGCCGAGCACCUUCCCCUCUCGUUGCCAACCGCAGAAGCAGAGAAGCUCAUCGUCGCGCCCGCAACCGCACAUUUAUCCUCCGUCUCUCAAUCACCGCCCCCAUCCGCCCCAACAUCCCUCGCCCUCCCGCUCUUCGAGUCGUCCCACUCGGCCAUCCUCUCGGUCCUCUCGUGCCCGCAACACAGCGACCUAACCAUCGCCAUCAUCCCCUUCUACAUUGACACUCUCCUGUCCUCCUUCCCGACCCGCAUCUCGCCGCACCAGUUCCGCCUCGCCUUCAAAACCAUCAUCCAGAUCGUCUCCCCCCCCUUCCCCAUCGCCGCCACGCACCCCCAUCUCUCUGAAACGCUCCUCGAGAUGCUGCACUUCCGUGCCGCCUCGGCGUCGGCGACCGCUUUACCUCCAGACUCCUCGCCCUUGCAGGCAGACUCAGCACUCAGCACCAAAAAACAACCUCAGGCCCCCAUCUCGGAACAGUCGACGCUGGUGCUCGCCCUUAUCGACGCGCUGCCCUUCCUACCUCUGCACAUCGUCGAGGAGUGGCUGACGCGGACCGCCGAAGCCAUGAACAGCAUGAUAGAUUCGGCCAUACGCGAGACGGCCUGGAAGAGGUUCUGGGAUGUGCUCGUAAACGGGGAGAUGGACGUCGAGCGGGCGGCGGUGGGCGUGGCGUGGUGGGGAAUAGGAGGUGGUAGGGAGAUGGUCCUCUCGAAUGCCCCUAAGCCGAGUGGAGUGCAAUUUUUGAUGAGUGGUGCGUUAGGGAGCCAAUUAGAGAGUAGCCGGCUGUGAAGGGGACAGAUACAAAUGAUACUCGAACCGAGGGGCGUCCCCCCCCCCCCCCC